AUGUCAAGAAAAUCACAGAAUUCUCCAAUUUCAAGCACCUGGGCACAAUUAGAUGAAACAAGAGAUUAUUCUCCAGUGUAUGUUGCACCCCAAGAUGGUCUAAUGCAAGCCGAUAAGAUUGACAAGUUGCCUGGACAACCUGAUAUGGUUGAAUUUGAUCAAUAUGCAGGGUAUGUUACGGUUGAUCCAGCGGCUCAAAGAUCGUUGUUUUAUUACUUUGUCGAGUCUCCAAAGAAUUCCUCGACCAACCCUUUGGUUCUAUGGUUAAAUGGAGGUCCAGGAUGUUCCUCCAUUGGAUAUGGAGCCAUGGAAGAAUUAGGCCCUUUUAGAGUCGGUAGUGAUGGAAAAACUCUUUUUCGAAAUAAUUAUGCGUGGAACAAUGUGGCAAAUGUAAUUUUCUUGGAGUCACCAGCUGGAGUUGGUUUUUCAUACACGAAAAAGUCUUCUCCUUAUAACACCACCGGUGAUAAGAGUACUGCUAGUGAUGCCUAUUCUUUUCUCAUCAACUGGUUUGAGAGGUUUCCUCAAUACAAAACCCAGGAAUUUUACAUCACCGGUGAGAGUUACUCCGGUCAUUAUGUGCCUCAACUUGCAUAUACCAUACUGCUCAACAAUAAGAAUUCAAAUCAUACUGUUAUCAAUCUGAAAGGCAUUGCUAUGGGAAAUGCAUGGAUUGAAGACCUUACAACAGCACGAGGGAUUUACGAUUACUUUUGGACACACGCCUUGAAUUCAGAUGAAACACAUAAUGGAAUCGUAAAAUUUUGUGGUUUGUUGAAUGGAAAUUUAUCUGAUGAAUGCUGGAGCUACGCAGACAAAACCCCCGAAGAAAUAGGAAAUAUCGAGAUAAAUAACAUCUAUGCUCCGGUUUGCUUAAACAAGUCUCUCAGAAACGGCUCCGGUGGUUCUGUUAACUACUUUGAUCCAUGCUCGGAUACAUACGUGGAGUCCUACUUGAAUAAUCCAGACGUGCAAAGCGCACUCCACACCAAGUCCACAAAUUGGACUGCCUGCAGACCUUAUAACUGGACAGACAGCCCGGACACCAUUUUGCCAGUAAUUAAGGAUCUGAUAGGUAAUGGCCUUAGGGUCUGGAUAUACAGUGGUGACAUAGAUGCAAAUGUUCCGGUUACAUCAUCAAGAUACUCGAUAAACAGCCUUAACCUUCCAAUCCAGACUUCUUGGCACCCGUGGUACCUUGACAACGAGGUAGGAGGAUAUGUGGUGGAAUACAAAGGAUUAACAUUUGUAACAGUGAGAGGAGCUGGACAUUUGGUUCCAAGUUACCAGCCACAAAGGGCACUAACCAUGAUUUCAGCAUUCCUCCAAGGGAUUCUACUACCUUCCGCCUAG